AAGAGAAUGGUAUAGUCUUUAGAUUUGCCCUCCCCUCCUUGAAUUUUUGCUCCGCUAGGCUCAAAUAUUGAUUGUGUGUGAUAACGCCAUUGAGCAGUGUAAUCAAAUCAUCCUCACAAACAUUGGAAGGUGUAUAAAUAACAAGCGCUCGUUUGCUUUUUAGUCGAAAGGUAUGAAAGGAAAGCAGUGUAUACCUCAUUUCCUCGUGUAUUCGCUUUUAACGUGAAGACAUCCAUGGAUACAGGUGACAACAAACGUAGACGGGCGAGGAGUGUGAGAGGCAAAAUAACUGGUACGCAAGAUGCGUCUGCGAAAAGGGAAAAUGCAAACGUCCUAAGAUCUUUGAGUGUUGGGAAUACAGACGACAAUGAUGCCAUGGAGGAUGACGCUGGCUUUAUCAAAAAUUGGAGUUUGGAGCGAAAGGUCAUGGCUCCGCGGUACAGUUUACUCCGUGAGGUCGGAAGGGGCAGCUAUGGCGUGGUCUAUGAAGCGAUUGCACGGAGGUCGGGUGCAAGCGUUGCAGUAAAGAAACUUCGAUGCGAUGCACCAGAAAAUGUCGAGCUUGCCUUGGCAGAAUUCUGGGCCCUGGCUAGCCUUGAGAAACGACACGAGAAUGUGGUGCAAUUGGAAGAAUGUGUGCUACAAAGAAACGGUAUGGCUCAGAAAAUGAGUCAUGGGAACAAGAGAUCCAAACAAUACUUGCGUUUGGUGGAGACGUCAUUAAAAGGUGAGAGAGUGCUGAGCCACCCAGAGGAGCCCUGCUACCUUUGGUUCGUCAUGGAGUUCUGUGAAGGUGGAGACCUGAACCAGUUCAUCCUGUCGCGACGACCUGACCCGCUGACCAACAACAGUUUCAUGCUCCAGCUCACCAGUGCCGUGGCCUUCCUGCAUGAAAACAACAUUGUCCACCGAGACCUCAAGCCUGACAACAUCCUCAUCUCUGAAAAGUCGGGGACACCAGUUCUCAAAGUCGCCGAUUUCGGCCUCAGCAAGGUGUGUGCUGGCCUAGGGGGCGCUGGGAAGGACAACGAGGGUGAAGACAAGAACAAAAACGUUGUCAACGUCAACAAGUUCUGGUUGUCGUCGGCAUGCGGCUCAGACUUCUACAUGGCACCCGAGGUGUGGGAGGGCCACUACACAGCCAAGGCGGACAUCUUCGCCCUUGGCAUCAUCAUCUGGGCAAUGCUGGAGCGGAUCACCUUUAUCGACGCUGAGUCCAAGCGCGAGCUGCUGGGAACUUACGUGAGGCAGGGCGCCGACAUCGUGCCAGUUGGCGAGGCACUGCUAGAGAACCCAAAGAUGGUACUGAACAUCCCGCAGAAGCGCAAGUCCUCCAUGUCAGAUGGGGUGAAGAAACUUCUGCAGGACAUGCUGUCGGUCAACCCGCAGGACCGGCCCGAUGCGCUUGAGCUACACAACAGGAUGGACCAGCUCACAUGUGCUGCGUGACCCCCCCCCCCCCCCCCCCCCCCGAGCAUCGGAACUAGAACUCUUUCCCCAGGUACCACUUUCAAACUUCCUGGACCCAAUGAAUCAGUGAAAGUACACUUUACUUUGGAAGACUGUGAAAUAUCUACCGUGAGAAAAGAAAAGGGAAGCAUUCGAGCCAACUGCUAAUUGAUACCGCAAAUGGAAUUAGUAUUCUAUCAGUACAGUUCUCUCAACCUAUAUUGUUACAGGGAAUGUUUUACAUGGCCUGAAAUUAAUUGUAGAAUAAUGAUUACACAUGUACUCCAUUUGUAUUGAUAUACCUGUUAUAUCUGCUGCUUUGUAGUAGGAUGGCCAUGUUUGUUUGUUUGUUUGUCCUGAAUGUGUCUGUUUUGGGUUCACCCUGUGAACCGGUGGCACUGUGUAUCAAGACACGUUUGAUAUAUGUUCAACACCUCGGCCACUUUGUGUGCAUGCUUCACUGACACCCUACCAUCUUGCCCCAUCUUCCAUUGACAAACUACAUUAUCCUACUGACAGCUUUUCAUCCCGUUUCACUUUACCUUGUCCAUCACUUGAAGGCAUGACAUAAAAUGGUGAGCAAAUUGUUGAUUUGAAACCAGUGGACUGAAAAUAUAUAUUUUUUACAGAUGGUCUGUGCACCUUUUGCUUAAAUGAUUUAAAUCCAAGUAGCCUUUUUUAUUAUGCCCCACCGUGCCUUGAUAAUCAUCUGAAAGUGGGAUUGAAAUUACCAUUUUAACUGUGUUCUUUCAUUUGAAAUUUGACCUUUUUUUUUUGGUUUGGAAAGUGUGCAUUUAAAGCCGAUGGGUGCCAUUUGAGAUGUGAUGAGAUCGAUGCUGUGGAUAUGGUGACAUCACCCAUAGGGAUAUUCUUUGAUUUAGACUGAGCCCAGUCGUUGGUAAAAAGAAAAAGCUGUUUAAGGUGUACUGUGUUUUUAAACUAUUGGAUUGCUCCUAAGAGACUGGCUACCACCCUAUAUCUCCUCUCAACUCAGUAUAUUGACUGGUCAUGUAUUUUUGUGAAUUGUUUUUGCCAUCUCACACUUUACAUAAGAGCAGCAUAUUGAUCUGUUUGAUUCUGUUUUAAGAUUGUUUGUUCUAAAAAAAAUGUUUUUAAUGAUUUUCUUUUUGAGCCAUUUUGUUGAAGGGUAUUUUAUCUUUGAGCUUCCCAAACACCUGGUAGGAUCUUACAUAUCGCAAAUGUGUGACAAACACGGGAUGGCACAGUUUUUUUUUUAUUCGGGAUAGUGAUCGUUGACUAUUACUGAGAAUCUUGAUCACAUUUAGAGAAAUUUGAUCGGAGGAAAUUACGACUGAAAUUCUUUAGUUAAAUUAUUUUAGUUCAAAGUUAAUUUUAACUACCUAACAAAACUACAAUCUCAGAUUUUUGUUGUUGCUUUGUAAAUCGUUGCCAUUAAUUGAGAUCACUUUUAGUUCUGCAUCGAAGUGUUUUCCUCUUUUGUGGUUUAGUCACUAAGCAGCCAUAUAGACUUGUUUCCAAUCCUCCUUUGUGUAUUAUGCUACCUCAUUUGCCUGCACGUUUGCAGAGACUUUCCUCAACUGAGCCAUCAUGUUUGUCUGUGUAUAUAUAUUUUUUCUGAUUCUUUGGGAAGGGCAAGGUUGCGAAUCCCAUUGCUAUCAGAACUAAGUUUAUGUAAGUUGUCUGUUCUAUUCAACAGUAUUUUUCAUAUGUGUUGCUUAAUUUUCAUUUAAGCAAAGAAAAUGGGUCAUUUCUUGUUUAACCUUAAGAUCUAAAGGGUUAUCCAAAUUACACAACUUCUGUCAUUUUACACAAGUGGAACGGGUCAGUUAGGUUUUUUUUUUUGUCUGUACCCAUUUUGAGUUUGGUUUGCAUUUAGCUGAAGCUUACUUUUUAAGGCAGGCAGUUAUCUUUCUAAUACAAUUGUCAUCUUUCUCUUAUGGUUUCUGCCAUGUUUUGAUCACCCUUCCCUUGAGAAAUAUACCUCAUGUUCCACUACUUGUUUUCUGCCCGGGGUUGGUAAACUGUAUGACCUGUCAGCAAGCUCAAGGUCAGAAUUGUUGUUUUUUGAGAUACCUAAUUUAACGAAAGGGACCAUGGAGACAAGUAUAAGAGACUGUAUUUUUUUUUUUUAAAGAAUCUUAUUUAUACUACUUUAAUUCAGUCUAUUUCAAGCUCUUCAUGCAAUCUUUUUACUCAACUGAAAAUAUUCCUGUAGUGUACUGUGGCAGGUUUGCUGUACAAGAGGUGACACCAAAUAUCCCAAUAGUCUCAGAUGUACAGUAAAACUAACUCUUCUUUUGCUGCUGGGUUUGGUAAAUUACAGAUCUACCUGUCGAUGUUUAGUAACGUGUGGUUUGCUGCUGAUUUAGAGACGCACUUUCGUCUCAUGUUCUUUACUUUCUCAAUCAUGCAGAGAUGGAGUAUUUUAGAGUUCCAUUUGGUGAUUCACACAACAGGCUUCUAUGCAACCGUCCCUCACUAAAAACACUGUGCAACGAAGCAGGUUCGACCUGUUCUAAUUUUUUGCUAUUUUAAUUGCUUGUCAUCUUUCUCUGAGGGUUUUUAGAGGAGGAAUCUCCAUAUUAUCGUGAUGUGAAUUAUGCUUCCUAUCAUUUCAAUGGAAUUCACUGUCCUUGGUCUGGUCUUAGAGCGUACUAGAGAUGUUAGCUUCAGUGAAGACUUCUCUUUGGUAUUGUUGUACAUCUUUUGGUUUCUCUUCCAAUAAAGUCUAUGAACAAAAAUA